AUGGCGGAACGCGUGCACAGGGUGACCAUGUUCAAGAUGCCCAAGGAGGAGGACCGGGCCCAGAUGCUGGAGCGGUACAAGACCAUGGCGGCCGAGAACAAGCGGGACGGCAAGCCCUACAUCCUCAGCAUGACCGUUGGCCCCGCCGAGGAGGACCCCCGUUCGCAGGGCUACACGCUCGUCAGCAAGACUGAGUUUGCCAGCAUGGACGACAUGAAGUACUACGACAACGAGUGCCCCGCCCACGGGCAGAUCAAGGCGCUGGUGCCUUCGCUCACCGUCGAGGGCAUCCUGACGGUGUACUUUAAGGCGGCGGCCACUGGUGGCGCGGCGGCCAAGUAG